UUAAAUCGAGACCACAAAGAGGUUUGUGAAAUGGACUGGUCAGACAAAGUUGAAGCGUACAACAUCGAUGAUAAAUGUGGAAGAUACAGCAACCAGAGCACCAACAUCCAGUUCCAUCUGGGUUCGGUGAAGUUUGAAGAGAGUGCCUCAACCCUGGAGACAUGGGCCAAGUUCAGCCAUGACAACAUCUACAGAGCAGAACGAGAAAAACUGGCUUCCAUCAAUCUCCGUACCUUGAUUGACAAUAUUCUUCGUGACGUGUCUCACGACCUGAAGCUGCAGUGUGGCGCGGUUGACGAGGCUUUUGCCAAACGCUGUGAGGAGCUGGAUGAUGCAAAACACAAACUAGAGCAUCACUUGGAAAUA